AUUGCAUAUAACGUUAUAUAUGGUAAUUACUCUAGUUAUGAAAUAGCUCUGUAACUCCAAUUGAUUAAUCCGUUCAAUUCACAAGCCGAUUCACAAAGCUUAAGCUGAUCAAUCAAAUAUGAUUCCCAAGCUUCAAUAGAUAAAUUUGUAUUAUUCACAGCGCUACAAAUGAAGUCUGAAUUAAUUUCAGUUAUUCCAACGCCAAUUUUCUAGAGUUUCUUUGCUUCUCAUAUGUCAGUUUUAUUUUUAUUUGAUCCUAACAAUAUAUAUAACUAGGGUCACACAUUAUGUGAUUCACUCAAACGCAAACUCCAAGAUAAGGUUGCAACUUACUUGAAACUUGUGGAAGGCAGGUUGCGCGCAAGAAAAUUAUAAAGUGGCUAGAAAGUAUUGAAGAUAAGGUUGCAACAAGCAGGAGACUGAAUUCAAGAACUCUUGUUAUGGCAAAACUAUUCUUUGAUGCCGUAUCUAACGGCUUGUCAAGGUUAAACACACACCUCAAUACAGACGGAGAUGCUGCAACCACCAUUCUCAUAAUCACCUUUGUGCUUUCUAUAAUCUGGCUUGUGUGGAUGUUAACAUCAAAGGGUUCCCACCCUCCACUGCCACCAGGCCCACGAUCAAUACCGCUAGUAGGAAAUCUCCUAUCUCUCGAUCCUGAGCUCCACUCCUACUUUGCUGCAGUGGCCAAAUCAUAUGGCCCUAUAUCGAGGCUCUGGCUCGGUAAAAAAUUGGGUAUUCUGAUCACUUCUCCAGAUUUGGCCCGUGAGGUGUUAAAACUAAACGAUACAAUCUUUGCCAACCGAGAUGUUCCGGUUGCUGGGAUAGAGGCAACAUACGGUGGAAACGACAUCGUCUGGACCCCUUAUGGCGAUCAGUGGCGGAUGUUGAGAAAGAUUUGCGUUCGUGAAAUGCUUAGCAACCAAGUUUUGGAUUCGGUUUACUCUCUCCGCAGAAAAGAGAUCAGGAACACCGUGAACUACCUGUACAACCACGCUGGCUCAUCGGUGAACGUUGGGGAGCAGAUGUUUUUGACGGUGUUGAAUGUGAUUACCGGCAUGAUGUGGGGUGGCACCGUGAAGUCAGAAGAUAGGGAAAGACUAGGAGCAGAGUUUCGGCAACUGAUUAGUGAGUUGACUGGGUACCUGGGGAUGCCGAAUUUAUCGGAUUUUUAUCCGGGUUUGGCACGGUUUGAUCUGCAAGGAGUUAAGAAGAAUAUGAAAGUGUUGGCGAAGAGAUUUGAUGGGAUUUUUGAGACGAUGAUCGAGCAAAGGGGGAAAAUGGGUGGUGAUGAAAACAAGGACUUUUUGCAGUUUUUGUUGAAGCUUAAGGACAGUGGAGAUUCCAACCCACCCUUCACCAUCACUCAUCUCAAAUCCUUGCUUAUGGAUAUGGUGGUUGGAGGGACGGAUACAACUUCUAAUACAGUCGAGUUUGCCUUGGCUGAGAUGAUGAACCAACCCGAAAUGCUAAAAAAGGCGCAACAUGAAUUAGACACGGUGGUCGGGAAAGACAGCAUAGUCGAAGAAUCCCACAUCAACAAACUACCCUACCUAUAUGCUAUCAUGAAGGAAACUCUUCGAUUGCAUCCGACACUUCCCCUCUUGGUCCCUCAUUGUCCAAGUGAGUCAUGUGUGAUUGGCGGCUACACGGUCCCCAAAGGUGCUCGGGUGUUUGUGAAUGUUUGGUCUAUACAUAGAGACCCCGCUAUUUGGGAAAAUCCAUUGGAAUUUCGACCUGAAAGGUUCCUGGAUGGGAAGUGGGAUUAUACUGGAAAUGACUUUACUUAUUUCCCAUUUGGAUCUGGGCGAAGGAUAUGCGCGGGGACCGCGAUGGGAGAACGGAUGUUUAUGUUUUUGCUUGGAUCCAUAAUUCAUUCGUUUGAUUGGCAAUUGGGUCAGGGAAAAGAACAUGAUCUAUCUGAAAAGUUUGGGAUCGUGUUGAAGAAGAAAGUUGCUCUCCUGGCAAUCCCCACACCAAGAUUUUCAAACCCUUCACUAUAUUGUUGAUGUAUUUUGUUCAAUUGGCGCCUAAAUCACUGUAGCUUGUAGAAAUCUAUCUAUCUGCAUUAAUACGGUCAAUGUAAUAAAACAUAGACAACCACAAAUAUUGUUGGAUUGUCACGCUCACAUAUAGUGUUAAGGAAUUGGAAGUUUGAAGGGGUAUGGUCUCAGAUCUUGCACCA